AUGAGUGGGAUCUUUCAUUUCAAGAAAAUUUCCGGCAAGGAUUGUUCGAGCAGGGGCUUCCAUAGGCGAUCAGCAUCCUUAGCGACUGCAUCAGGACAGAAUCUAGGUGCUGUAAGUGGUCUUGCACUAGGUCAGGGUCUUGAGUUGCAGGACCCUACUGUCGACAUGCAAUCUUCUGAUGGAUUGGGAGCUCCUGGUUUCCACUAUCAGAGUCCUCUUGUGCCAUUCGGUGAAUCACAUUUUUCAUGGUUGGAACCCAUGGAAGGACGCUGGUCUGGAGCUGAUGCAUAG